AUGAGCCAAGCGUAUGAUGGGAGGGGUAUGGACCCAAACUCGAGAAGCGCACGCGAGAGAACACAAGGUGGAUAUUCGCGACACCAACCGACAUACUCAGAUUCCAUGGAAGAUGACCCGCCUGGCGAACUCAGGGCUCCUCCUCCUCGCCGACCCUUGGGCGCAAAUACCAUGGGACAAUCCAGGCUUCCUAAAUCCAAGCACGCGAUAGACAGGAGCGGGAACUCUGGCGUCACUAUUUCUCGACCUCAACAAGUACCUCAAUGGCCUCUGUCUGGCCCCCCUAUGGCUGCUAUGAACCAGCCUGAGGCUGAGCCAUACCGACCACCCCCUGGUAGACCAACUCAGGCCCCUCGACGACCUCCUCGACCUAGCCAAGUUCCUUCAAUACUCGAUCAGUCUCGACUUCAAGAACCGACUCCAGUAUUUCUCACCCCAGAACCCGAAGAAUACAGCUCUACUGUCCCCCCUUCUCCAUCCUCACGAAAUACUGUCUCUAGCCUCGGAUCUGUUCCUGACUUCCCAGAACCUAACCAAGUUCAAGCAGCCAACAGGCGAAGCGCCACUCUUGGACCUCCCCCCUCGGCGAGACGAGGCGUCUCGUCAUUUUACUCACACGCGUCGUUUGUCUCGCCAAUUCCUGAAGAAAGCCUUAACUCAAGGUCGCACGAUUCAUACGCAUCAAGCGCAGCCAUGCCCGAUAGCUGGCGCGGAGGCUCUCCAGCUGGCAGUCCUUCGUAUUAUGAUGACGGGGCUACUGACAGGAGUCAAGACGAAGAAUUUCAUGAUGAGAGCAAAUUGGUCCGCAGUGCCAGCAUUGGCAAAAGAGGAAAGCCUUCCCUCAUCACCACGAAAUCAUUUGUUAUGGAACCUGGUUACCGGCCUGCACCAUCUCCAGUUCAGGCCUUUGAUUCAGGAACUGGUUAUAUCGACGCAUCAUCAAGCUCCUCGAAUACACUCCCACUGGCAAAGACAUCGGCCCCUGAGCAAAACCUUCGCGAUAGCCUAAGCCCAGAUGCCAUUCUCGGAGCAUUUGCAGCCGCUAGUGCGACCAACCUGUCAGAGUCACAGGCGCCUGCACCAUCACCAUCGCCUCAGCCUUACAACCGCCUCUCGGCCAUUCGACGACCACCGAAGCUGGACAUUGAUGCCGUUCGAAAAGCGGAAGAGAGAGGCAGUAUGACAAGUCUGCCUGACUUAAUCCGACGAGCAACUCGACUUGCAACUAUGAUUGAUCAUGGCAAACGACCAGGAAGCCGAUUUGAUAACUUGAAUGAUUUCUUCGACGAUAAGGGUCAGAUGCGAGGGGGGGACAAGGAGAACUCAGGCCUGUCAGAUAUGCUGGCAGCAUUCCCUCCCCCCGCCCAGCCAACAGGCCGGCAAAGCCGCGGGUCUUGGUUUCGCACAACGUCCUGGCCUCUUGCACCUGGCCCCGGACAAGGCAACGGACCGUCACGAAAUGGCCAGCGCAAUCAGACACCCUCAGAUGAGGGUCAAGGUAAACGACGUCGGCGUUGCUGUGGCCUCCCUGUCUGGGCGUUUGUCGUCUUAAUGAUAUUGCUGUUAUGUAUCAUCGUGGCUGCAGUGCUUGUUCCGCUGGAGUUCUUUGUAUUUAAGAACUUGGGAAACCAUGACAAGCCUCAGUCUGCACUUGCUCAAUGCCAAGAAUCACUUAAAUGCCAGAACGGUGGAACAAACAUCAUGUCCCAGGGCACUUGCUCGUGCAUCUGUACUAAUGGCUUCACGGGCUCGGACUGCAGCGUUGCGGGAUCCGAUGGUUGCACAAUGACGGACUUGGGCGGCGAUCUCAGCAAUGUGACUCUGGGAAAGAACAUCCCGCGCCUCAUCGAAGCCAGUGCAAAGAACUUCUCCAUUCCUCUGUCCGGUACCGCCAUCAUGGCCAAGAUAAAUGCUCAGGAGCUGUCCUGCAUUGCUCAAAAUUCGCUGGUCACCUUUGAUGGCGCAGCUUCGCGCAAAAGGGGACUUAUGCUCGAGCAGGAUAAACGUGAGGCGCAUGCCGCUUCCCUGGUACCUCGCGCACCCGAAUCCGCUACUGCCAUUGUCGUAUCUUCAGAGACUGCAAACCCCACAAAGCUGAUUGUAGAUGAGGGAAGCCCAGAAAGCGUGCCGACUACAACGGGGAGUGCAACCCAAAGCUCAGGUACAGCUGUCCCUACACAAACACAGAGUCCUACGAACAAGUUCCAGAUUACCAAUGAGGUUCUGGACUUUGCGCGGGUCGCUGUACUUUUUGUUCUGCAGCAGCAGGAUGUAGAUAGUGCCCAAGACGCACAGUCUAGCAUUGAUAAGUUCUUUGCUAAGGCUCGUAAAGAUGAUGGGGUACUGGCAAAGGAGGCAGAGAACGUCAGCAUCGGCGACAAGGAGUCAGUCGACCUUCUGAGGUACAAGAUCACUAUUGGGUCAAGUACAGUUGGGGGAAACGUCAAACGUCAUGUCUUGUCUCUGAAAACUCCUUCAGCCUACGUGUCUGUUCGCCAUAGAGCAGUACACACUUGGAGACAGGGCAGAUCAGAAGCCAUCAAAAAAAGAUGA